AUGCUCACCAACAUAGUUUCACUAAACCCAAGCUCAUCCUCCAUUACGCGCCAGCGCCAUUCCCUCCUUCUGUUCGCGAUCUUUUUCUCUACUCGCGAUGUGUAUCGCGCAAACCUCAACAUCGCCGCUCUCUCACGAUCCGGUAAUGUGGACGCUGCUCGCCAACUGUUCGACAAAAUGCCCACAAAAGACGUCGUCACCUGGAACUCCAUGCUCACCGGCUACUGGCAGAACGGGUUUCUCCAACAUUCCAAAGCGCUUUUCUAUUCCAUGCCACUCAAGAACGUCGUUUCCUGGAACUCCAUGAUAGCCGCGUGCGUUCAAAACGACAUAGUCGACGACGCGUUCAACUAUUUCGCCGCAAUGCCGGAGAAGAACGCUGCUUCCUACAACGCAAUGAUCUCGGGUUUAGUGAAAUUCGGGCGCGUGAAGGAAGCGCAGAAGCUCUUCGAAGAGAUGCCUCAUCCGAACGUGAUUUCUUACACCGCGAUGAUCGAUGGGUACGCGAGGAAGGAAGGUGGUGGUGGCAUUCGGCGCGCGAGGGUGCUGUUUGAUGCGAUGCCUCGCAGGAACGCGGUUUCGUGGACGGUGAUGAUUAGUGGCCUCGUGGAUAACGGGUUGUGCGAGGAAGCAUGGGAACUGUUUGAAAGAAUGCCCCAGAAGAAUAUUGUUGCCACGACUGCUAUGAUCACGGGUUUUUGUAAACAAGGGAAGAUGGAAGAGGCUAGGACUUUGUUUGAAGAGCUUCCACGCAGAGAUCGCGUUUCUUGGAAUAUAAUGAUAACGGGUUAUGCCCAAAAUGGGAGAGGGGAAGAGGCACUGAAUUUAUUUUCACAAAUGGUCCGGACGGGUAUGCAACCAGAUGAUUUGACUUUUGUUUCACUUUUUACUGCCUGUGCAAGUCUUGCAUCAUUUGAAGAAGGAAGACAGGCGUAUGCUCUUGUAAUCAAGCAUGGCUUUGAUUCAGAUUUGUCUCUGAGUAAUGCCUUGGUUACUAUGUACAGCAAAUGUGGUGGAAUUGUCGAUUCUGAGUUAGCUUUUGGACAAAUUUCCCAUCCGGACGUUGUUUCAUGGAACACUAUCAUUGCUGCAUUUGCACAGCAUGGUCUCUAUGACAAAGCACGCUCCUACUUUGACCAGAUGGUAAAAUUCAGUGUUCAACCUGAUGGUAUAACUUUUCUGAGUUUGCUAUCUGCUUGUUGUCGUGCUGGGAGGGUGGAUGAAAGCAUGAACCUGUUUAAUUUGAUGGUCCAUAAUUAUGGUAUUCCACCUAGGUCUGAACACUAUGCUUGCUUAGUUGACGUAACAAGUCGAUCAGGUCAGUUGCAGAGAGCUUGCGAAAUAAUCCAGGAGAUGCCAUUUGACGCGGAUUCCAGCAUCUGGGGUGCUCUUCUUGCUGCCUGUAGUGUUCAUUUAAAUGUGAAAUUGGGGGAACUGGCAGCUAAAAGAAUUUUGAAUUUGGAUCCUUAUAAUUCUGGUGCUUUUGUCAUGUUGUCUAAUAUAUACGCUGCUGCUGGCAAGUGGAAAGAUGUCAACAGAGUCAGGGUUCUGAUGAAAGAGCAAGGAGUAAAGAAACAAAAAGCCUAUAGUUGGAUGCAGAUUGGAAACAAAUUCCAUUGUUUCGUUGGAGGGGAUCCAUCACAUCCAAAUAUUAGUGAUAUUCAUGUUGCUUUAAGGAGGAUUACAUUACAUAUGAAGGGUGACCCUGAAGAAAUUUUCUUGUAAGAGGCUUUAAGUUGAUUUAAGGCAACUGUUUUGACAAGUGAAGAUACAGAUUAUAUUGGGAGCCAGGGGAAGGUAAUCCUGUUUAACUUUUAAGCUUCAGCACUUUUUGCCAAAGUAGCUCUAACUUCCAAAUAUAAAAAGCUGGAAAUAGGAAAAUUCAAGCCAAUUGUUCAAUUUAAUAACAAGGGGCAGGGAAAAUUUGCAAUGGUUUCUUAUGCAAUUUCAUAUUUUGAAAAUGGCAAAUGAUUUUUUUGCAUUAUCAAUACUGUCAAUCAUUUCCCUCUCGCUAUGUAA